AUGCUCAACAGCGUGCUGCUAACUGAUAAUACAUUUGGUGAUAUAUUGUCUGACCAGGCUGGAUCAAUCGUCGGUAGUUUCGGCGUAUUGCCAAGUGCGAGUUUGAGCGGGGUCCCUGGUGAGAGCGAGGGCGAGAGUGGGAUGGUUGGGUUGAAGGGCCUAUAUGAACCCUCUCAUGGCUCGGCACCGGACAUCGCUGGUGAUAGCAAAGCGAACCCCGUCGCCAUGAUGUUCCGCUACUUGUUUGACAUGGAGGCUGAGGAACAGAUAGAUGAUUGA